ACUGGACCAAUGCAGGCCAGUCAAUUAGUUUUGGUGUACUUCGAACAUAAUAUGUCAAUUUCGGAUUUGACAUUUGAUAUAACCUCCAAAUUAUAUUAUUAUGUAGGUGAAUAUCUUUGAUAGAAAAAUAGUAAUAGCGUUUUAUUAUUUUUAAAAUGGAGAGUGAAGACGAAUUUCUACAUACGUAUUUUACCCAUGUUUCGCAAUUAUGUUAUGAAAAAGCAAGAGAACAUUUAGAAAAGGAAAAGGGGCUUAAAGGGCCAGUUACACAAUGGGGUGCUUUUCUAAAUUUAUUACAACAACUGGCUUUGGCAGAAAAAAGUUAUAUGGAAAUUGGAUUUUUGCAAAAUAAACAUAAAAGCUUUUUACGAAAAGACAACUCUUUGAGAUCAGUCUAUGAUAAUAUGAAGAAUGACUUGAAAAGAUUGGAGGACAAUAGUAAACAACCUUCUAUUCACAGCAGUAUUCAAAAAGGAAUUAAAAAUUUGACGCAAUUUGUAACUGCAAGGAUUAAUUUAAUUGAUUUAUAUGAAAAAAUUUACAAUUUGGGAGUUAGUAAACAAGUGCGUUAUACCGAAAUUUUAUCUCAAAUUCAUUCUGUUAUUGAAAGACACAGUGACGGUUUUAUUGAUAUAAGCUUUAUUCCAAUAAAAGCAGUUUUUAGUUUAGAAUGUGAAAUUUUGGAACAACUCUUUGAAGCCUUGGUACAGUUACAAAAGUUGGAAUUUUUGUCACCGUUGGCUUCAAUUCACGGUGCACAUACAAGGCUCGCAGUAUGGGAAACUAAAAUGCAAUCACGUGAAAUAUGGAAACUUGGAAUAUUUAAAAAUAAUCCCCUACCAUCACUUUUCCAAUGGCUUCAAAAGUUGAAGGGAUCUAUUUUAAGUAAAUUUAGUUUGUAUUUUCAUGACAUACUGGCUGAACAAACAACACCAAAUGAUAUGAGAAUACUUUGUUCAAAAUUGUAUAAUGACCAUUAUCAAAAAAUUGUCAGUUUUCAAAAGAAAUCUGAUGCUGCUUAUGUAUUACUGAUUCAUGACAUGACAAAUGUUUCCAAUCCAACACAUAAUAGAAUAAUAGUAUCUUACCCACAACGAAUAUUUUUAGAAACGGACAUAAUGUUAAAAAUGAUAUCUGAAACUAACAAUGAAUUGCAAACUACAGAUAAAAUUAUUUACAAGUUUGUGAGUCAGGAACAGUGUACAUACAUUCUUACUAUGAUAGAACCAAUGAUCUACCUCAUUAUUUUAUUCGAAAAUAAGAAGUCCGAAAAAGACGCUUUUAUAUCAAAUUUUGUAUUAGAGUUUUGCCAAAAUUUACGAUGCACAAAAUUAUUCACAUCUCUAAAGAAUACGAAUAAAUGAUUAUUGUAAAUUAAAAA